GUAACACACACAAUAAGCCCAGCGCGGCCGCGUUCAGUCUUCGCUCGCUUUCUUUUCCCUUCGAGUUACUGGGUGUGCACUGAUCAGCAGGACUUCACCCCCCAGUCACCAAUCCCCUGCAGUUCCCUUGGGGGAUCUUUGCCUGGCUCCUCAUUCUGCAGCAUUGUUUGAAUGGAGAGAGAAAGAGCUGGCUAUUAGGACUUUUUACCCAACCACAAGGUGGAUGGGAGGAAAUUUACAUUUGGCUAGUCUCAGCGCCUUACUGGAAAAGCGAAGAAAACGUAGAAUUGCUUUGUUACUCAGCCAUUCCCACUGGGGAGUGGGGACACUGACAAGGAAGCAACCACCCAGGGACAGCAAGACGAGACAAGUCUGAACAGAAGCUAAAGAAAUGGAGAAUGGGACCGAUCCUGUCUGCACUGCAAAUGAGCCUCCGUUCUCUCACAAAGUUAUCAGAAGCCUUGAUCUAACAGGUAUAUUUCUCUUUGCCAUCUUGACUCUAAUGACACUAAUAGCCAACCUGGUGUUUGCAGAGGAAGUGUUUUAUAUCUACAGGAAAACCCCAUCCUCUAAAAGGACGAUUUUUAUUUGGAUAAAUGCAGCGGCUCCGGUUAUAGCUACUACAUCAUGCAUCGGGAUGUGGAUUCCUCGUUCAACAAUGUUUACAGAUUUCACUGCAGCAGUUUUUUUUGCCAUUGUGACCCACAAGUUCAUGCUGAUGAUGAUUAAAGAGUGUGGAGGUCAAAAGUUAUUUCUCACUAGAUUUGCAAAUGAUCGUUUCAAGAUCAGCACAGGUCCCUGCUGUUGCUAUUGCCUUUGCCUCCCUCACAUACACAUCACUAGACGAACCCUGUUUCUGCUGAAGUUGGGGACCUUUCAACUUGCUUUCCUGCGACCUGUGCUAAUGUUUCUGUCAAUAGUGCUUUGGACCAAUGGAAACUACAGCCUUUCUGAUUUAACUCCUAAUGGAGCUGCAAUAUGGAUUAACUGCUUCGUCGGUGUCCUUACAAUCAGUGCUCUAUGGCCGAUUGGAAUCAUGUUUCAACAAGUUCGAGUUCUUCUUAACUGUAAGAAGAUCACCCAUAAGUUUGCACUUUAUGAGUUUGUCCUCAUUCUGAGCCAACUCCAGGCAGCCAUCAUCAAUAUCCUGGCUUUGCAAGGAAUUAUUCCCUGUGCACCACCUCUGGCUUCUUCAGCAAGAGGAGCAUAUAUGAACCAACAGCUCCUCAUAAUGGAAAUGUUUCUGAUAACACUGAUCUCAAGGGUGGUGUAUAGGAAAAGAUAUGAUCUGGAACUUCCAGAGUGCACUGACCAGGAAACUAGCGACAAUAAACAGAACACCAAGAUCAGCAUAAAUGGUAAAUUUAUUGAAGAUGGAACCCAAAAUGUGUAGAAAAUGGACGGAUGUGCUGGCUUGUGAAAGCUGGGACAAUACUUGUAGCCCAACUCAGCUUGGCCAUGGCAUGAUCCUGACUAAUGUAUAUGCUUUACUUGAGGAGACAUCCAUUGCAGCUUUUAUAUCCUUAUACUGCAAAUAGCAGAUUUCCAAGCUGGAACAGCUUCUGUUAUAAAUUCCUGUGACCUGGACAGAAAGGACCGAAAAGUGGGAGGAUAAACCUUCUUAUUUUCCAGAGAUACAUACACAGAGUGAGAGAUUUCUGUCUCCAUAUAAUUUCAUGCAGUUGUCAGACAGUUUGGGUCCCAUCAGCUUGUUUGAACCCUGCAGUGUAAAUGUGAAUUGAUAUAAUACAGUUUUGCACACAUUAUGAUGUUUAUACAAUGCGGCAACACUGGAGACUCGCUCUUUUUUGUUUUUUCCUCAUUUCAUGUAGCCACCUCUUGUUUGGAGCUCUCUCCCAGUUCCAGCACUUCAGGUGCCCACCAUCUCUUUGUUCAAAUCCCUCCUCAAUUCUCACUCUUCUCACCAAACCCACAACAGCUAACAUACCUCAGUAAAUAUAUCCUCUCAGAUCCCAACACAUCCUGCAUGCGAUAUCCAACUCAGUAGAAGAUAAGCUCUUUGGGUGAGGGCUGUCACUUUUUCCUGUCUUUUUUAUACCAGUGAUUCUCAAUCUUUCCAGAAUACUGUACCCCGUUCAGGAGGCUGAUUUGUCUUGCAUACCCCAAGUUUCACCUCACUUAAAAUUAUUUGCUUACAAUAUUGACAUAAAAAUACAGAAGUGUCACAGCACACUAUUACUGAAAAAUUGGUUACUUUCUCAUUUGUCUGUAUGAAAUUUAAAUUUGGACUGACCUCGCUUGUGCAUUUUAUGUAGCCAGUUGUAAAACUAGGCAAAUACCUGGAUGAUUUGAUGUACCCCCUGCAAGACCUCUGCGUACCCUCAGGGGUAUGCAUGUCCCAGGUUGAGAACCACUGUUUUAUACCAGUAAGCACACAGUAACCAUUCAUGACUAUUUAAUAAUAGCUACCAAUAGUCCUCCCCAUGGGAGGCAGUGUGAUCCAAUGGAUCGGGUAUGGGACUAGGAGGCAGGAGAGGUGGGUUAUGUUCUGUGCUCUGCCACUGACCCACUGUGCCUUAGUGUCCAUCUGUAAAAUGGGGAUAAUGAUACUUAACUAGCUUUAAGAUAGUUUAACUAUCUUUAAGCGCUUUGAGAUAAUGUAUACAAAUUUUUAUAUAAAGCUAAGUAUUUUUAUUAAAAGGAAUCAUUUUCAAAUAAUUGCUCCCCCCCCA